AAUUUUGUUUUUCAUCCAUCUGCUCAGUUUUAUUCAUGAAUCUUGAUGCAAUUUUUGCAUUCUUAAAAAAAUCGUGAAUUUUUCUUAGUUUAGACCGUUUUAUGCAAUUAUUUUAAUCCACACCCAACUGGUGAUACAUUCCACGUGCUCCAAAAUAUGUGUUUUUCGAAAGAUUUGAGUGCUAAAUCCAAAAACGGAAAAUUUUCUUCACAACCCAAGGAGGGAUUAAUCAGCAGCAAAAGGCAGAUGACGUUGCCUUGCGAGUAGUCUAGAAGAUUUUGGUGGCGCAGAAUUUUAUGUACUUCUGAUAAGCAGCAUUAAGCCGAUAAGAAGUGGACCUACGAAGAUGCCUUGCGAAAGUUGCAACGUCCAGUUUGGCAUUAUCACUAGGAAAAAAUCGUGCUACGAAUGCCGGCGUUUGUUUUGCAAAAAUUGUUUGGAAAAGCGCCAGGAGAAAAUUCUUUGCCACAAUUGCUUGAUUUUCACCAAGCGACCCCUGUCGAAGGUCGAUCUGGGGCAGCUGAAGAAUAAAGAUUUGAUUCUGUAUCUACAAUCAAAGCACAUUUCGACAACUGGAUGCGUGGAAAAAGAUGACCUCAUCAAUUUGGUAAUUGCGCACGUCAAUUCCGCUGCGAACAGUCCGCGUAGCCCGGCGGCAGGAAGCACUGGCAGUGGUGGUGGUCAUCAUCCUAGGACGUUUAAUUUUAGCUCAGCUUCGUCGACCGGCGGAAGCAGCGGCGGAAAUGGCAGAGCCGGCAGCCAAUCGGGAUCAUCGUCGAGGAACUUCUACGCAACCAGCGCAGAGAACUGUGCGAAUACGUUCGAUCAGAUUAAAAACACUUGCCAGAAUUUGUUCUCGUCCAUCACGGAUAAGCUGAGUUCCGACAUACCUAGAACGCCUAACUUUGAUCCACGAUUUUCCAAUUCAUCUACGGAGGAGAACAUAAGACCUCGUACUCAGCCUGACGGAAGUGUUCAUCAACAGCCCCGUUUCGGUACAAAUGAUGUAUACUGGGUGCGCGAUCAACGAGGAACGGCCCAAAGUGAAACCGAAACAUGCCAUCAACCAUCGUCGCUGCCGAUCCGUGAUACCGCGGGAGUUGUGCCAAACGAAAGAACGCUUUCAUCGCCGACCGCAGCAGAUUCCAGCGGCGACGGGAGCAGCGGGAUUACAAGUGGUGCUGAUUCCAGUGCUAAUACUUCGUCCGUUUCUUCACCGGUGCAUGAAAAGUCCAUAAGCGAAAAGCCAAAACUUUCGCUUAGUGAGAGGAUAGACAAUAUGCUGGCGUCGGAGGAAAAUCAAAAUGAUUGCGAAUGUUCCGAUGAGGAAUGUGAGGAGAUGGAUCCUCCUCGUAGGAAAGAAUCCAAAAAAGUUGCUUCGGAAGAGAACCUAAUUUUGGAGGCUGGAACGAGUCAAACGGCAACUAUGGCGCAAUUACCCAUUCCGGAAUCAAAAACUGAUACCUCAUCAUCUUCGUUCGAUGAGCUAAAUCCAGAAUGUGAUCCAAACGAAUCGCUUCCAGAAGUAGAGAUGGUUGCCUUAACCGAUACGGAAUCCUGGCAAGUAAUCAACAACGUUGAUAGCUCGGAAACGCAAGAAAGUGCUACAACCUUACCAACUACCACAACUGCUACAAUGACUGAUACGACUGACAGUUCUAGUGAUUUAAAUUCCUCCGACAAGUUGGCACAACCCCCUUCGUACUGUGACUCCUCGUCUCAUCAGGUAGCAAGAAGGCGGUCCGAUAGCUUCCUUAUGAUGAUCAAUAACGGAUCCAACACGGAACUCGUUCGCCUGGUGCCAGAUCCACAGGAAACAGCUGCCCAAUCUAGUCAAGCCAUCUCCAACGAUUCCACCAACAAAUGCUUCAAAUGUGGAAAGCGACGCAGUGGUAUUCGGAAGCAACUGAAGAAAAUCCGAAAACUGCUCGAUACGACAUCGGUGCCGGAAGCAGACAAACGGCGUCAGUUGGAAGCGUUCCUCGCCUAUCUGGAAAGACGGAGCAAAGGUUCGAUCGAGCUGUCCGAGGGAGACUCGAUGAGCGAAGAUGCUAGCGUUAGCCUGGCGACUGAGGCAGAACAUCCUUUGUGCGAAGGAAUUGCCGCGGCGGUGGGCUUUUCGUUGCCUCCGGUGGACGAAAACCGAGAUCCAUCUUCGCACUAUCCGAGGGCCGCCGAAGCAGAUUCCACCACAGCAGGGAAAACCAAUGUGUAUUCAACGGGCAAUCAGCAGUUGGCUAGCAUGAGCCAGAUUCAACUCAGCGAUAUCAAAGAAAGCGCUGACCUGGAUGUACUUUCGGUGAAGCAGCUGAAGAAGAUCCUGGUUCUGAACCGAGUUGACUUCAAAGGCUGCUGUGAAAAGGCUGAGCUGCGCGAACGCGUCCUGAGGCUAUGGUUCGACUACAAAUCCAUUGCAUCACCCGAAAGACUUGCGUCGGAUGAUCUGUGCCGAAUCUGCAUGGACGCUCCGAUCAAUUGUGUAAUACUGGAAUGUGGCCACAUGGCAACCUGCAUCAACUGCGGCAAGGUGCUCAGCGAGUGUCCCAUUUGUCGGCAGUACAUCGUUCGGGUUGUCCGAUCGUUCAAAGUGUAACUGAAAGUGCUAUACCUACCUAAGUGUGAAAGUGUUUAGUGAUAGAUAAACACGUUUGCUCAUAAUCCACAUCGAACGAGCCCUGGAAUCGAACACCCAAUUUAGGCAAAGUUUUGGAACAUUGUGAUUUAGUUUUAGUCUGUUUGAAUCGAAAACGAUACAAUAAGCUAACAAGGCGGUUUUAGGGAUAUUGAUGAGGGGUGCCCAAAGGCUUGAUGGAAGUCUAACUAUAGCUUUAGAGAUUAAACCUGCAUGGGUAGAUAGGUCACUGUCCCUGGGUAGAGCUAGGGAAACUAAAGAAUUGUACAUAAAUAAUUAUGUGAUGAUGAUAUGUAAAUUGUCAAUCCCCUAAAGUUUACUGAUAACUACCUAUGACAUUUGUUACAGAGAUUUAUUUUAUUUUAUUACUUGUUUCCUGGCGACGCACAGUAAUAGAACUCUAAAAGUUGUAAGUAACCCGUGUGGAUUACCUACUCAAAAGAGCAAUGUUAAUUCGAAGCACAGGCAAAUAGCUAGUAGGAGAAAGUUGUGAAAAUUGUACCUAGUUCAGACUUGAGAAAUUCCAAUAAUUUACAAAUGAAACCAAAACGACCUCGCCAGGACAAAGGCGUACUGAUUGCCGUCUGUAUAUUAUAGCUUAUUUACUUGGAAGUUCAUUUUUGUUUUCCUACCUAACUCCUUGUUCGAUUAGAUACACUUAUCUAUGUAACAGCGUAACUAAGGAAGUAACAUGCUAGUUUUGGGCGUUUUGAGGAAGUACAUCUUUCUGUCAGUCAACUGGCUUUAUCAUAUUAUCCAAGAGAUUGGUUAGGUAGAAUGUAACUAAUGGUGUAGGAAUUCAAAUUAAAUUCCGAUGCAACGAAUCUUAGUAGGUAAACCAAAAUAUUGUGGUAGGACAGCAAAAAAUAAAAAAUAAAGCUUGUUGACUGGUACUGGGAAUUUCGUUAGGCAAAACAAGUAACAAUCGUUGGUUCACUAGAUUACAUCCAAUUUGCUAUUUUUGCUCCUCAUUGCAUGAAUUUUCCACGGUGUUUGCGAGAUUGCCCUGUAAGUAUGAGAACAAUCUACAUCAACUCUGUGUUCACCAAGGAUGUUCUCAAUCAUCUGCCUAUAAUUCAUUUCUGAAGAUCAUUAUCAACAUACGGUAUUCGACAAAAAUGGUAGCGUAUUAUUUUGCCCUGAAUCAAUUAUCAUUGAGGGGUUAAUGUUUCACUCUAAUAUUUAGGACAUUAGCAUGCUUGUAUCACCUAGUCAUACUAAACGAUAGUAUUCUUCGAUCGUUGGGAUGCCUAUGGGAGAUUAUCAAUGGUUAGAAUUCGGGAAUAAACUCAAUUUCAUUGAAUAUAUCAUUCGUUGGUUGCAUAUCUCAUGUUCUUUGUUAUAUGUUUGUUUGUCUUUGCAAUCAAAACAUAUGACAAUAUCAAUGAACGUAUCUCAAUUGAUGUUGAUCCCAUGUAACACAAUGUCGCGGCUAUAUCUCGUUAGGGGCAAUACCUUCGGGUGUGAUGUCUUAUUCGAACAAAAGUUGUUGCGCCUACUCACUGAUAUUUAUGUCAUGUCAAAUGCCUGUAAAAAUAUUGAAUCGUCAUUAAACCAAAUGUCAAUAUGUUAAAUGGAGAAACAGUCAAUGACAAAUGAGCUCAUUCUGCGAGUGGAGUGACGCGACACAAGUCGGAGUCGUGUACCGGGGUGACGAAUCUCGACUCGAAUGAAGUGAUUCUUCAUUCGAGUCGAGAUUUCUCACCUCGAUGUGCGCAUCGUACUGUGUCACGUCAUUCCACUCGUAGAAUAAGCACGAAAAUAACACUAACACUUGAUUAACUCGAAUGUUGUGUGGAGCAAAUAUUAGCUGAUGUAAACCUAAAUGUUAAAUGAAAUGAUAAUUACCCAAUCGACGAUGUGCAAUAUGAAAGACAAUUACUGCCCAUUCUCAAAAUGCGUGGGAAUGUUAUCGGGAUCGUUACGAUUUGUUUUUAAUCAUCUGUUAUUUAACACAAUUUUCAUGAACAUCAUAUCACUUUGUUAGGCUGCAGCCGCAUAGUGGACAACUUACGAAAUGUCAGAGAAGGUUGAUAAUGAUUUGAAAUAUUCACAUGAAACGAAUUGGUAUAACAUAUUCCUGAUAACAUUCACAUAACCUGUGAACGUACUAGCAUGUUUCUGGAUAACAAGACAUAAUUAACGAGAAUAUUUCCGCGUUUUCCAUUACUGUAUCUUAUCGUAAUGUAAUGUUCUACUCAUUGAAUAAAAAUGUGAAAAGAAAUUGAAAA